AUGGCUAAAAGAAUUGCAAAGAAAAUGAUAGUUGGUUAUGCUAGUGAAGAGUACAACAGGGUGUGGGAUUAUGCGGAAGCAAUAAGGAGGUUUAAUCCAGGGAGCACUGCAAUCGUGAAAUGCAUUGGAAUAGACGCACCUCCACCCUUGUUCCAAAGGAUGUAUAUAUGCUUGCCAGCAUGUAAGGAGGGUUUUGUUGCUGGCUGUAGGCCUAUUAUAGGUGUUGAUGGGGCACAUUUGAAGGGACAAUUCCCUGGGGUUUUGUUGAUUGCUGUAGGUAAGGAUGGGAACAAUAACAUCUUCCCCGUUGCAUGGGCUGUGGUCGAAAUAGAAAACGUAGAAACUUGGACUUGGUUUCUAUAUCUCCUUGUAGAAGACCUAAGGUCGGUUAGUCCAUCGAGUAGUUGGGUACAACCAGGAUGUGAAGAUUUCACCUUCAUGAGCGAUAGGCAAAAGGAUUUGGUUGAAGCUUUGAACUCAGUGAUUCCUGAAGCUGAAAUUAGGUUCUGCUGUAGGCAUAUAUGGGCUAACUUCAAGAUCAAGUUCCCUGGAGAGUUGUUCAAACAUCACUUUUGGAAAGCAGCAAGAGCUUACAACAAGAUAUGGAAUCAAAAUAUUUCUGUUGAAGCAUAUGAAUAUCUAGCUGCUAUUCCUGCUAAACACUGGUCUAGGCAUGCUUUUUCUAGUAGGAGUAAGUCUGGGAUGUUGUUAAAUAAUUUUUGUGAGUCAUUCAAUAAUGUGUUAGUAGAAGCAAGGGAGAAGCCUAUAAUUUCUCUUAUGGAGUGGAUUAGGAGAUAUGUAAUGCAAAGAAGUGCAGCCAAAAGAGAAGGGCUGAGUAACUUUAAAGGUGUGUUGAUGCCAGCUAUCACAAAAAUGAUUGAAAAAAAUGCAAAGGAAAUAUAUGCUUUAAGGGUAAUCUUAGUGGAUGUGUCUGAGUUUGAGGUGGAUGAUGAUGAAGAAUCUUACGUUGUAAACUUGACCAACAAGACUUGCCUUUGUGGAAGCUGGAAUCUUAUUGGGAUCCCUUGUAAACAUGCCAUGGCUUGUAUUGCUCUUAGAAAAUUAGAUGCCAGCGAAUUUUUCCAUGAGGCGUAUCUUGUAGAAAUGUAUGCAAAGACGUAUGCUCCAAAGUUUUAUGGUAUGCCAAGACACAAAAUGUGGCCGACAACCACUUUAGCCAAACCACUUUAG